AUGUUUCAAACUCUUGAAGCUAUCUUGAAAGAAGAACGUAAGGGUCCUUAUCCCCCAAGCGUCCUAAAAGUCGAUCAUGUAAAUAAAGUAUUCCUGACUUUUGGGGCUGGUCAUCCCAUUCGAAAAUUGUUUGUUAGGGCGUCAGUACGACCAUUUCUCAAAACUAAAAACGAAGAUAUUACUGAUGAAGAAGAUUCCGACAAUAACAGUGAAGUGGAAGUGGGCAAUAUCGAAAAUGAUGGAAACAAGCCAGCACAUCUUGCGUGGAAGUUGAACAACGAUUUCGCAAUAGCUUUAUUGGCAAAAGUUCACGAGACCACUAGCAACAGAGAAACGAGACCCACAAUUAAGAAUAGUAGGAAUACUAAGAAUCUUAGCGAGUUCUUUAAAGAUCCGCUGGAUAGUAGCUGGUUUACUCUUUGA